AGAGAGACUCUCUUCUCAGGGUUCUCAGGGUUCUCUCUAGUGUUCACCAGGUGGUCUAGAGGGACUCUCAUGGUUCUCAUCUUCAUUCAGGUCUUCGUGACUCUGUUCCCUCAACCUUCUGAUAACUUCACCGCAAGAAUAAUAUAAUCCGUUUAGCUCUUGAGGAACAAUAUUGCACUAAUUCUCAUAUUUAUUGACGUGGUCCCGUUGGUGCAGGCUGAACUCGUUACACGUCCACGUGUCUGUAUUAAUUUGAAUAUUGUCAUAUUAUUAUAAUAAAGGAACGUUGGUAUUCACCUGUUUCAAAAGGUUGAUUCAUUUCAUCACAACGUCUGUUGGUAAAAUGUAUUUUGAUUCAGUUUCACCUCCUCUGACACGCCUCUCUGGUCCAAUCAGGUGACCUUUGAGCCUGAGCAGCCGGAGGAGGCCAGAGGAGACCAGUUUGAGACGGCCACACCGGUCCAGGUAGAGGAGGAGGAGACGGGGGACGGGAGCGUGACUCCCUUUGACUACGAGGCCAUCGAAAUCCACACAGAGGAGACACCGAUGAAGGAGACGCCUAAAGAAGAGACGCCAACAAAGGAGACACAGAUGAAGGAGACGCCUAAAAAGGAUACGCCGACGAAGGAGACGGCGACGAAGGAGACACCUAAAGAGGAGAUACUGACAAAGGAGACGCCAACAAAUGAGACACCAACGAAGGAGACGUCUAAAGAGGAGACGCCGACGAAGGAGAAGCCAAUGAAGAAGACGCCUAAAGAGGAGACACUGACGAAGGAGACGGCGACGAAGGAGACAUCUAAAGAGGAGACGCCAACGAAGAAGACGCCAAUGAAGGAGACGUCUAAAGAGGAGAUACUGACAAAGGAGACACCAACGAAUGAGACGCCAACGAAGGAGACGCCAAUGAAGGAGACGUCUUACGAGGAGAUGCCGACGAAGGAGAUGCCAAUGAAGGAGACCUCUAAAGAGGAGAUACUGACAAAGGAGACGCCAACGAAGGAGACGCCAACGAAGGAGACGCCAAUGAAGGAGACGUCUUACGAGGAGAUGCCGACGAAGGAGAUGCCAAUGAAGGAGCCGCCUAAAGAGGAGAUACUGACGAAGGAGAUGGCGACAAAGGAGACACCAACGAAGGAGACGCCAAUGAAGGAGCCGCCUAAAGAGGAGAUACUGACGAAGGAGAUGGCGACAAAGGAGACACCAACGAAGGAGACGCCAAUGAAGGAGACGCCGAAAGAGGAGAUACUGACUAAGGAGAUGGCGAUGAAAGAGACGCCAAUGAAGGAGACACUGACGAAGGAGACACUGACGAAGGAGAUGCCUAAACAGGAGAUGCCGACGAAGGAGACUCCAAUGAAGGAGACGCCUAAAGAGGAGAAGCCAACGAAGGAGACUCCAACGAAGGAGACGCCAAUGAAGAAGACGUCUAAAGAGGAGAUACUGACUAAGGAGAUGGCGACGAAAGAGACGCCAAUGAAGGAGACACUGAAGAAGGAGACACCUAAACUGAAGAUACUGACUAAGGAGACGGCGAUGAAGGAGACGUCUAAAGAGGAGAUGCCGAUGAAGGAGACGCCAAUGAAGGAGACGCCAAUGAAGAAGACGCCUAAAGAGGAGACGCCAACGAAGGAGACACUGACGAAGGAGACGCCUAAAGAGGAGAUACUGACGAAGGAGACACUGACGAAGGAGACGCCUAAAGAGGAGAUACUGACGAAGGAGAUGGCGACAAAGCAGACACCUAGAAAAGAGACUCUGACAAAGGAGACACUGACAAAGGAGACACCUGCAGAGGAGACUCCUAUAGAGCAGACCCCUACAAAGGACCCUAGUGUGGCCCCUCAUGCUCCAGUCAGAUCCCCAUACCUUGUCCCUGAAGUCAGACCUCUAGAACCAGCUGAUCGAACCAGCACCACGACCCCUCACACUCUCCUCGUCUCCCCCCCACGGGGUCCGGUCUCCCCCUGGGUCUGGAAGCCCGUCCCUGGUGGGGUCUCCACCUACGAGGACAUGGAGGAGGGCUCCGGGAGGGAGGGCUCCGGAAUGGAAGGAUCUGGGAUGGAGGGAUCCGGGAUGGAGGGAUCCAGUAUGGAGGGAUCCGGAAUGGAGAGAUCCGGUAUGAAGGGAACCGGUAUGAAGGGAUCCGGUAUGGAGAAUUCUGGUAUAAAGGGAUCCGGUAUGGAGGGAUCCGGUAUGGAGAGAUCCGGUAUGAAGGGAUCCGGUAUGAAAGGAUCCGGUAUGGAUAAUUCCGGUAUGAAGGGAUCCGGUAUGGAGGUAUCCGGUAUGAAGGUAUCCGGUAUGGAGGGAUCCGGUAUGAAGGGCUCUGCAGAAGGCGCCGCGCCCACGCCGGCCACAGGAAGCCAGUCCUCCGUCAUCACCGACGAGACAGAAAUCGGCGGGACGGAACCUCCUACCUCCUACUGGCCGGAGACCGGCACACGGACCCGGACGGAGGACUUGGAAGGGUCGGCCUCCGGAGAGGAAGAGGCUUCGGGUCAAGAGGCUUCGGGACAAGACCCUCCGGAGACGCCCACCUUUACCGGCACGCCAGUUCCCUCCACCCUCAGCACCCGGCGGCCUGCGUCCGUUGACCCAGGCUCGGAGGCGGGCUCCGGGGAGGGGGAGGUCCCCGUGGAACAGGGCGGUCCGGUCGACCCUCUUAACGAGGUCACCGUUUUACCCGAUGCGGCAGCUGUGACUUCUGGAGGCCGGACCACGCUCGCCACAAACGCCAGCAUGACCCCGCCCGCCCUCGCUGAGCCCACGACUACCGAAGACCACCACCCACCGCGGGCCGAGGAGUCCUCCACCAGCUCCGCGCAGCCCAUCACCUUGUACACGUUCGACAACAAGACCCACUCGGUGCCCCCGUGGGCUCUGGUGCCGGACCCCGCCGCCACCCCUCUGCCCGAGGAGGAGUUUGUGAACUAUGACUCACAGAUGACCCCCGAUCUGGUGGAGGCGCUCCCCCAGACACCGGGAGAGGCCACGGAGCAGCCGGAUGCUGUAGAGUUCAGCAUGGUGGACGUCAGAGAUCUCCUGCCCUGCGCCUCCUCCGAGUGUCUCAAUGGAGGCUCCUGCUACGAGAAACACACACAGCAGAUCUGUGUCUGUGCACCUGGAUACACUGGGCCUCACUGUGCAGCAGAGGAGGACGAGUGCCGGUCCAGCCCCUGUCUGAACGGAGCCACCUGUGUGGACGCAGUGGGCUCCUUCACCUGCCUCUGUCUGCCCAGCUACUCAGGACGGCUCUGUGAGCAAGACACGGAGGUUUGUGGAUUCGGGUGGAGGAAGUUUCAGUCUCACUGCUACAAGUACUUCAGCCACCGGAGGACCUGGGACGCCGCGGAGAGGGAGUGUCGUCUGCACGGCGCCCACCUGGCCAGCAUCCUGUCUGAGGAGGAGCAGCUGCUCGUCAACCUUAUGGGGAGCGACUACCAGUGGCUCGGCCUGAACGACAAGAUGUACGAGAGAGACUUCAGGUGGACGGACGGAAACCCCAUGCAAUACGACCACUGGAGGCCCAACCAGCCCGACAGCUUCUUCCAGUCGGGGGAGGACUGUGUGGUGAUGAUCUGGCACGAGGGAGGCCAGUGGAACGACGUGCCCUGCAACUACCACCUGACCUUCAGCUGCAAGAAGGGCACAGUGUACUGCGGGCAGCCCCCCGCGGUGAAGGACACGCUGGUGUUCGGGCCGGUGAAGCCUCGCUAUGAGGUCAACACGCUGCGGCGCUACCACUGCAGGCGGGGCUUCAUCCAGAGACACGCCCCCACCACACGCUGCCGGGCCGACGGCCAAUGGGACGCUCCCAAAGUCACCUGCAUCAGCCCCGCGACCUACCACCAGGCUCUAAGUCUCCAGCGCCGCAACGAGCAACAGAACCGGCCCGCUGACGACCACGUGCACCACAUGCACCCCCCCAACGGUACUCUGGAGCCCGGUCCGAGCCGAGACCAGCAGCCACAGAGUCCCGGCUUCAUCCAGAGCCACCGGAGCCCCUCCCACAGGGAGCGGAGGCCCUGAUUGGUUGGUGGGUUUUGGCAGAGCAGCUGGUCCAGAGCCAUCCAGAGACAGACUGACCCGUCUGUGCAUGGCUCUGUAGAGGACCGGGUCCCUGCCCCCCAGACCCGCUCCUGGGCCUGAACUUAGGCUCAUAAUCGGAUUCUUCACACCUCCAACAUCUUUAAAGACCGUCUUGAGGAACCGGACCUGAAACAUUCAUGAAGGUCGGUUUACUGCAACCAUCCAAGAACCAGAAGAAGAACCCGUUGGCUGUUUGUAGACCACUGAUGACGACUUCCUGCUGGACUGCGUCAACACUUCCUCCCUGUCGGGGUUGGUUUAGGACGUCCUGCUCAACCCCGCCCCCUUCACACUGUCAUUGUACAUUGACCAAUCAGAGGCCUUUAACCCUCCUCCUCUCGUAUUGCCACACGAGCCGGCACCGAGGACCCAAGUACCAAACCACACACAGUGGUUCUGAAGGUUCCAGGUGUCCAUAGUUCUGUUGUUUCUGUUCUCGGAGAACCAAAACACAUUUGAAUGCAACGUGACCCAGUCGAGGAUAACCCAUAGACCAGAACCCAUUGACCAUAAGCCAGACCCUAUAACCCAUAACCACUAGCCAAGAACCUAGGACCCAGAACCAUAGCCCAGAACCCAGAACAACAUUGACCAUAACCCCUAGCCCAGAACCCAUAGCCCAUAAGCCAGACCCUAUAACCCAUAACCAAUAGCCCAGAACCCAUUGACCAUAAACCCUAGCCCAGAACCCAUAGCCUAGAACCCAUAACCCCUAGCCCAGAACCCAGAACCUAGGACCCAGAACCAUAGCCCAGAAUCCAGAACAACAUUGCUCCACAAGGGGGCUUUUAUCUGAAUUCAUCAUUAAACUAUGACCACAGGUUAUUUCCUAAUUGGUUCCUAAUUGGUUCUUAAUUGGUUCUAGUGGCUGAAGUCUUUGUGUAGAUUGUUGUACAAAAUAUUUUCGCUUUUUUUUAAACAAAAGAUUUAAAAGGUGGCACACUUUAAAGAGGAGAUUAUUCUGAAUGUGCGUGUGCUAGUAAUCAUAGGAUAUAUAUUCUAAAUACUUUAUGAAGCCUUAUAAAUUUAACUUAUUGUAUACUUCAAAGCUAUGAAAGGACUGUGAGCUCAACGGCAGCCGGGGGUUAGUACUAAAGGGAAUGUGACGCUGAUCUGUGACGUCGUACCUUCGACCUUCGUGUUCGUGAUGCUUUUAUUUGACGUUUUGUUUGUUUGAUGUUCUUGUAACCGCUGGUUCUCCUUUGAGUUGUAAACACUAAAGAGAGUCAUCACCCGGUUCAGUGUCGUCUGAUGAACAAGAGGAUCAGAACGUCAUGAAGACUUCACUGGGGCCUUUCUUCUGACUUCCUGUCUGUGGCCAGUGAUGUUCAACUCUAAGUCUGUAACUCAAUAUGUUUGUAUGAAAGAAGCUGAAAGGUGAAAGCUGGUAGCAGGAAGACGUGUUUCUGAAAUUCUAAUGACACAAAUCUGGUUUAUCUUCAAAAUGGAUGUGUUCUCAAAUGGUGGAUAUAUAUAUAUAACACUUGAGAUGAGAACAAUAGAUGAGCUGGCAAUAAACAAACAGAACCAAACAA